UUAUCAAUUUCUUCUAUUUAGGAUUUUUUUUCAAUUUUUGGGUUGCCUGAUAUCGUAGAGGUUAAAAUUUCGGAGAACUUGGGCCAAUUUGUAAUUCCCACACACCGUUCCAAAGUUGGGGAGUAGGCAUUAGUGGAUAUUUCAAGCAUGAUCGGGUUGUGGUCGAAUGCUAAGGCUGGAAUGGCAGAGAUGGUGCAGGUUGGAGUUAGGCUACUGGAAAGAAAAAAGUCUAUUGUAAAGUGGCUAUUGUACCCGUAAUGGGUGGGGUCAUCGGUGACAUGUAUGUUAAGAUUUCUAUUUUGAAUGAGGUUGAAAAUUUACCUGCGUAUUUUAUUAGAUGAGUUACGAUUCCAUAAUCUAAGUUUGGCGUUGAAGUUGCCUUUCACUAUUGCAGUAGAGUUUGUAGAAUGUAGUAUUCCUAGUUCUAUCAUGUUCGGGUUAUUUCUUGGUGGGAUGUAAAUAUUAGAGAUUAUGUAUCUUUGAUUGUUGAAUUUCAUUAUUAUGCUGUUGCUUUCAAAUGAGAUUGAAUUAUUGGGGGGAAUUUGAUGAUCAAGACCUCUUUUGACAUAGGUGCAAAUUCCUCCCCCCUCUUCCUGUGUCCUGGUCUGUCCGGUAGAUAUUAUAAUUUGCUAUUAGUACUUUUUUGCACGGCUUCAGGUGAGUUUCUUGAAUAAGAAUUACGUCUGGUUACAGGUCUUGAAUUAGGUAGUUAAAUUCUUCUUUUUUGCCAAACAGAGUGUUCGCAUUCCAAGAGAGUAUUUUUAGUGAGCUGCGACUGUUAUUGAUUGGAUUGUUAAAAAUAGUUGCUAAUUUUUUCUAAGACAUCUAUAAUGACUCCGAACUUUUCGAUUGUGUUGGUUGCUGAUUUAAAUUGCUUGAUUCCACUAAUAAUGACUUCCCAUACAUCUUUGAGACUAUUGAAGUUGAAAAUUCCGGAGACUAGAGAGCUAUUGGAUUUUUGGGAGUGUUCGCUGCUAUUUUGUGUUGAAUUAGUAUUAGUAGGUGGUACUGUUUCUGUCUUGAUGUUGUUUCUUGAUGUUCUGUCUUGAUUUUAGGUGUUGCACUUGGUAUGAACUUGGAUUUAUCUGAGUUUGGGCGUGCCGGAACACAGAGCCCGUUCAGACGAGGGCGUAAUGGACAUAAGUGGUUAAAGCCAAGCUGCGUUGCCAAGGCAACCAGUCUGUGCUACGUCACAUAAUCUGGUUUAAGGCUCGUGGCGCAAGGUUGAAAGUUUUCAACUUUACGCCGAGUUUGGGAUAAGCGUCGACCAAUCAGAGCGAAGCUAAAACGAAGCGGGACAAUUUCGCUGUCACUUCGAAGGCGACAUUUUUUUUUAAUAUGGAGCGCAUCGUGUCCAAUGAAAUUUUAAUCGCUGGAGUCUAGAACCAUCCCGUAAUUUGGGAUGCAAGAUCCAUGGACCACAGAAAUCUGAACCUCGUUCAGAAAGCCUGGGAGAUGAUUGCUGAGGAUACAAAUUGUGGUGUGAAAGAGCUUCAGUACCGUUGGAAGUGCAUCCGAAGGUCAUACAUCAGGUACAAGAAGACCUUGACAACAAGAAGCGGUGAUGGUGCUGCAUCAAAAAUAAGAAAAUUUCCACUUGCUGAGCAGAUGGCCUUUUUAGAGGAUACUAUCAGACAUAGGCGCACUCGUUUCAAUGUAAAACCAGCAGUGGAUGGGCCUAGUUGCAGCAAUGCAUCACUGCUUCCUGUUGCUGAGGAAGAGAUUCUUUCGUCACAGGACCUAUUUGAUAACGAGGAGGUGUCAAUCAUCUGGAUGUGUCCUGUGACGAAGAUCAUCAAAAUGAAACUUUGGAAACUCCAAAAGUAUUGA